AUGAAUUCUGUACCAUUUGGAGUUUUACGCUGCUGCAUUCGUCGAUUUUCCUCAUUACUCUUAGACCGUAUAGUUGUCUCAUCAGAAGUACAAACUGCGCUUAAUGCUUCCAAAGGAGUUGUUGCUUUGGAAAGCACCGUAAUCACGCAUGGUUUACCACGACCACAUAAUUUACAAGUGGCUCAGAAACUGGAACAAAUUAUACGGCAGCAUAAUGCUAUUCCAGCAACCAUAGCCUUGCUUGAUGGCAAAGUACAUAUUGGACUUGACGGAGAGAAGCUGCAGAGGGUUGCAGUAGAUCCGAAUUCGGUGAAGGUUUCUAAACGAGAUAUACCUGUUGCAUUGGUUAAUAAUCGUGUUGGAGGUACGACGGUUGCUGCCACAAUGUAUUUGGCGGAUAUGGUUGGGAUUCGGGUAUUUGCCACAGGAGGCCUCGGUGGCGUACACCGAGGUGCAUCUGAGACAUUUGAUAUCAGUGCUGACCUGCAGGAACUUGCUAAAACUCCGGUAGUAGUUGUCUGUGCAGGAGUUAAAUCAAUUUUGGAUAUCCCCAAAACCCUUGAAUACUUAGAAACGAACAGUGUAAAUGUGUUAGUUUAUGGGAAAAGCAACAAAUUUCCAGGGUUCUUCACUGCUGAAACAAACUGUAGAGCUCCUUUGAAUACUACAUCAUUAGAUGAUAUAGUUAAUUUGGUCGACUGUAGUCGUUCACUUGGGCUUCAUAAUGGUUGCGUAGUGGCAUGCCCAAUCCCAGCUGAACAUGCUGCAUAUGGUAAUCUCAUCGACAAAGCCAUUCAAGAUGCUGUUCAUGAAGCUGCGGACUUGAAAAUAACAAGUCAAAAUGUUACUCCUUAUAUUUUGAAGCGAGUUAGCGAAUUAACUGAAGGAGCAUCACUAAAAGCGAAUAUGGCUUUACUAGAAAAUAAUGCCGUUGUCGCAGCUCAGUUGGCCAAGCUUUUUGCUGGUACCAGUGUUGAUAAAAGCGGGCAGCAAAAACCGUCUAGCAAAAUUCGAAGCGAUCAUGUCAACGAGGAAAAAAUAAAGACAAUAAAGCGUCCAAAAGUUGUAGUUAUUGGUGCUACUAUAAUGGACUUUGAAGCAAUUACAGAUUGUGAUGUAAAACUGAAACCUGAUUUGAAGAACGAUGGAGGUUCAUAUGUUGGGAAAGUUAUACAUCGAUGUGGUGGAGUUGGCCGCAAUCAUGCAGACGCCUUAACUCGUCUUCAUAAUGACGUGAAAUUUAUUUCCGCUGUUGGUGACGAUCUGUUUGGAGCCUGCUUUAAAAAAGAAUGUUCUCACAUGGUUAGCACUUGUUAUGUAACCGAUGUUCCAACAGCCGUUUAUGUGGACUGCAAUGUAAAAAGUGAGAUAUUGUUUGGAAUUUCUGCUAUUGAAGCGAUUACUGACAGAGUGACGCCUGAAUUGAUCCGGUCCCACGAAAAAACAAUCAGCGAGGCUGAUUACCUCAUGCUUGAUGGAAACAUUACCGUACCAGCAAUCAAAGAAGCUGUUGAGCUGGCUCACAAGAAUAAAGUUAAAAUUUGGUAUGAACCCACAGAUAUUGCAAAAAUGAGAAAGAUAUUUGAUGCAGAAGUUGCUGAUUAUAUUAAUGUAACGUCACCAAACCUUCAUGAAUUCGUAUCUUUCUGCUCUAACAUCGGUGUAAAAUUACCAACCGGAUUCGCUGACGAUUAUAAUGCGGAGAGAGUUUACGACUUAUUAACGCAGAAUUCUUCUAUUUAUUUGCGCUUAUUGGAUAUACUAAUAAUUACUCUCGGCCCGCAGGGUUCUAUUAUUUUGAAAAAAGAAGGAAAUAAAAUUGGGGAGUAUUGCCUAACUUCACCGAUUCCACCGUCCGAAGUUGUUUCGGCGUCUGGUGCUGGUGACUGCUUUAACAGCGGCUUUCUGACUGGCCUUUUACAUGGAUUGCCAACUAAAAGUUGUCUGGAACUGGCUCAGACCUGUGCUGCGGUCAGUCUACGCUCUAUUUAUGCGGUUCCAGAGGAGCUAGAAAAACUAAACAUUCUAAGUCAAUGCUAG